CACAAUCUUUAGAACUUACUAAGUACAGCUUUUCUAGCUAUCCUCUCGCAAAAAAAGAAAUUCCCAAAUUUGGACUUCUUAAAUUCUGCAAGAAAUUACUCCCCCUACCAAACCCGAUUGUAUCCCACCAUUACCACCCUUCCUUUAAUCCCACUCCCGGCAUUUAUUCCCCCCACCAUCUCCGCCUCCUUUCAAUCCGAGAUUUCCAGAGAAAAGAAGGUGCCAUUUUCUCUCUCUUGAAGGAUAUCCAUAGAGAGAGAAAUAGAGAGUAGAAGACCGUUCUCUCUCUAGUAUGAAAGAGAGGUGGAACUUGGAAGGAGGCCAGAGUCUUCUCGCACCCGCCACCACAAGCCAGAGAGCUUCAGCUGCGCUGUCCUUGCUUUCUCGCGUGAGCCAAACGGGACAAGGUGAGUUCACGUUCUCUUGCCCUCCAAAAAUUGCAUCUUUCUUUGUUUUGCCAAGCCCAAAGCCUCGCCAUGGUGGCUCAGGACUCUUCGAGAUGUUCUGAAUAUGGAGUCUUUUGAUGCCUGAGCUGCUCCCCUCCACGGAUCCUCUCCUCUCCAAGCGACUCUUUUCGUAUCUGUGGUUUUCUCAAGAGAAAACGGGGAGAGAAAGGGAGUAAAAAGAUCGUCUUUUAUGGGGUCACCUCAACCCAUCAUCCAUCUCUUAUGAUCUCCUUUCCCUUCUUCUAAGUCUUCUGAGGCUUUUCUCCCAAUGGGUGUUGGGUUCUUCACUUGCUUCCUUGUUGUGGUGGCGUCGUUGAGGUGCUCUGCAUCUCCGCAGCUCAAUACGGAUGAGUUCUUCGUCUCUGAAUUUUUCUGGAAGAUGGGAGUGAAGUUCGUUAGCUCUUCUUCGGUUUGCUCAUGGAAAGGUGUCGCCUGUGACAAAAGGGAGGAGAAAGUCAUCACCUUGGUGGCUUCCGGCUUCCGGCUCUCUGGCCGCAUACCGGAGAACACCAUUGGAAAGCUCAGCAAGCUUCGAACUUUGGAUCUCAGUGUUAAUAAUAUCACUGGGCUUUCUUCUGAUAUUUGGGAACUCGGUAGCUCUCUUAGGAGCCUCAACCUUUCUUCGAACCAGAUUAACGGGUCUCUUCUUAACAACCUUGCGAAUUUUGGGGAAUUGGAAAGCCUUGACCUUUCUUACAAUAGCUUCUCCGGUGAGAUCCCAACCGCGUUGGGUUCACUCAGGAGCUUGAAAGUUCUCCGUUUUAAUGGCAAUGGGUUCGAAGGGAAUAUCCCGGGUUCGAUUCUCGGCUGUAAAUCCUUGGUUUCGAUCGAUCUCUCGGGCAAUAGACUGAAUGGUACUGUGCCGGAUGGUCUCAAUGAUGCAUUCAAAAAUUUGACGUUCCUGGAUCUUUCUGGGAAUGAGAUUAAUGGAAGGCUGCCAGAGUUAUCAGGGCUAAACUCCAUCACCUAUCUCAAUCUCUCAGGCAAUUUGUUUGAGGGUUCGGUUGUUGGGGUGUUUCAUGAGCCAUUGCAGGACAUAGACCUCAGUAACAACCAGUUACAAGGACACAUCUCUCAGGUAAACCUCAGCUCCAGCUACACUUGGUCUUCGUUAGUUUAUCUUGAUUUGUCUGAGAAUGAACUCAGUGGAGAAUUCUUUGGUGAUUUGGGCCGAGCCCGGUCGCUUAGACACCUUAAUCUUGCAUUCAAUAGGUUUUCUUAUCAGAAUUUUCCUCAGCUAGAGCAGCUCUCUGGUCUGGAAUAUCUCAAUUUGUCAAAAACUUGCCUAACUGGCCAAAUUCCAACUGAAUUCUCUAAAUUGGUUAGAUUGAAGAUGGUAGACCUUUCACACAAUCACAUAACUGGCUAUAUUCCUGAUUUGAGCAUGGAUAAUCUACAAGUUCUAGAUCUUUCAAUGAACAGUCUCACAGGUGGAAUCCCCAAGCCUCUGCUAGACAAGUUACCCAACAUGACAAGGUUCAACUUCUCCUACAACCACCUUAAAUUUUGUGCUGCUAAACUCUCACCCCAAACAUUCAACACGUCAUUUGUUGGAUCUGUCAAUGACUGCCCAAUCGCAGUUGACCCAAAUGUUAUUAAGUCGAAGGGGACGAAGCAUAGGGUCCUCAUGUUAGCAUUGGCCAUAUCUCUGUCGCUCUUCUUUUUGAUAGCCGGGUUGGUGUGCCUUGCCAUUAGAUUCCGAAAGAGAACCAGAUCAUGGGUAGUUAAGCAGCUCCCAUCCAAGGAGGAACCAAAUGUUUCGGGCCCGUUCUCCUUUCAGACAGAUUCAGCAACCUGGGUCGCCGAUGUCAAGAGUGCUACCUCAGUCCCUGUUGUCAUAUUUGAGAAGCCAUUGCUGAACUUUACCUUUGCCGACCUCUUGACUGCGACCUCACAUUUUGAUAGGGGAACUUUGUUAGCUGAAGGGAAGUUCGGUCCGGUGUAUAGAGGCAUUCUACCUGGAGGAAUUCAUGUAGCAGUGAAGGUUUUGGUUCAUGGGUCUGCAGUGACAGACCAGGAAGCUGCCAGAGAGCUUGAGAGACUUGGCCGGAUCAAGCACCCUAAUUUAGUCCCUUUGACAGGCUAUUGCUUGGCAGGGGAUCAGAGGAUUGCUAUAUAUGAUUACAUGGAGAAUGGGAAUCUACAGAAUUUGCUUCAUGACCUACCAUUAGGAGUGCAGGCACCUGAGGAUUGGAGUACCGAUACAUGGGAAGAAGAUGCUGGCAUUGUCCAAAACAUCAGAACCGAAGGGACGACUACUUGGAGAUUUAGGCAUAAAAUUGCACUUGGUGCAGCAAGGGCAUUGGCUUUUCUCCACCAUGGAUGCUACCCCCAGAUAGUUCACAGAGAUGUGAAGGCAAAUAGCAUCUAUCUUGAUUCAGCAUUGGAGCCUAGAUUAUCUGACUUUGGAUUGUCAAAGAUAGUUGGAGCUAGCUUGGAGGAUGAGAUCUCUCGGGGAUCACCAGGCUAUGCUCCUCCAGAGUUCUCCGAGUCGGAAAAUGUCUCAGCAACCACAAGAUCUGAUGUAUAUGGCUUUGGGGUUGUGCUGUUUGAGCUCAUUACGGGGAAGAAACCGAUUGGAGAUGACUAUCCUGAAGAGAGGGAGACUACUCUUGUCAGUUGGGCUAGAACAUUGGUAAAGAAGAAUCAUGCAUCGCGAAUAAUUGACCCUAAGAUUCGGGAGACUGGAUCGGAGAAACAAAUGGAGGAAGCACUAAGGAUUGCUUAUCUGUGCACUGCUGACCUACCAUCAAAGAGGCCUUCUAUGCAGCAGAUUGUUGGUCUGUUGAAGGACAUCGAGCCCACAGCCGCUGAUCACUGAAAUGGAGAAGCGUGAGUUGGGUCUUCCUGUCUCUCAAUAUUGCUGCUCUUCCAGUAGAAUGAGAUGUACAGCAGUUUUAAACUGCUUCUGAAUUGAAGGCCUUGCCUUCUUCAUAUUUUCAUUUGAGUUUCAGUAGAAGAUUUCCAUGAAAGUGAUACCCACAAAAUGCUUAAACUAUUAAAUGCUCCAAUAGCUUCUUUGCUUUGCUUCAUUGCUUUUGUUUAUCACAAAACAACCAUGAUACCCUUUUUUGUGACUUCUGAAGUCCAUUUUCCUGGAUGUCAGUUAA